CGACACUUCAAGAUUCGGACACACUAAAAAAGUAAAAAAUGUGCAUUCGUUCAUAAAAAAAAUACGGUUUCUUUUCCUUAAUACUAAAGCAACAGUUGGAUAUGAGCCACGUGUAUUCAGCAGCAUUCGCCGCGAAACAGCUCAUAACGUCGAUUCUUUUGUCUUCUUGUUUGCUCUACUUACACUUUCUUUCGAGAAAAAACAGAGUUGAAUCAUUUUCGUUCAGUCAAACAACAAGCCUCUUAUCUGAGAAGUGAAUCUAUAGGUAUACGAGACUGCCGUGAGAUGAUAGUUGCGAGAACAACUUUACGAGCUCUGCUUGUCUGCGGCGGAGGAAACUGUAACAUGUUCGUGAGUUCUGUUUCCGCCGCCUCCGUUAUGAAAAGUCCGUAUGAGAGAACGAAACCGAUGCGAAUUCAUGAUUGGUGCGGCCGUUUUGGUGAUUUUAAGAUUGGUUCUAAGCAUGUGCAAGGAGAUUUCAAAUUGAGGUGGAGGAGGAUGAGUUCUGCAUCAGCGACGGAGAAUAAAGAUGAAAAUUCGACGGUGAAGAAGGAUCAAAAUGGCGGUGGAUCGGUGGCGGUUCCAAGUUAUUGGGGAAUAGAGACAGCAAAGAUGAAAAUUACUCGGAAAGAUGGAUCGGAUUGGCCUUGGAACUGUUUUAUGCCAUGGGAGACUUAUCAAGCAAAUUUGUCGAUAGAUUUGAAGAAGCACCACGUUCCAACCGACAAAAUCGCUUACCGGAUAGUCAAGCUCCUCCGUAUUCCCACAGAUAUAUUUUUCCAGAGACGAUAUGGAUGCAGAGCAAUGAUGCUAGAGACAGUAGCCGCAGUACCAGGAAUGGUCGGAGGAAUGCUUCUCCACCUAAAAUCAAUCCGGAAAUUCGAACAUAGUGGCGGUUGGAUCAAAGCAUUACUAGAAGAAGCAGAGAACGAGAGGAUGCAUCUAAUGACGAUGAUGGAGUUAGUCAAACCCAAAUGGUACGAGCGUCUUCUAGUGAUGCUUGUUCAAGGAAUAUUCUUCAACUCUUUUCUCGUUUGUUACGUGAUGUCGCCGCGGUUAGCUCAUCGGGUCGUUGGAUAUUUAGAAUAAGAAGCUAUACAUUCUUACACCGAGUUUCUUAAAGAUAUCGACGAUGGGAAGAUCGAGAAUGUUGCCGCGCCCGCGAUUGCUAUUGAUUAUUGGAGAUUGCCUAAAGAUGCUACGUUGAAAGAUGUCGUCACAGUGAUUCGUGCUGAUGAAGCUCAUCAUCGAGAUGUCAACCAUUUUGCUUCUGACAUUCGCAAUCAAGGAAAAGAGUUGCGAGAAGCAGGAGCUCCGAUUGGUUAUCACUAACCAAUUUCAAAGAGUCUUCUAUCUACUUGGAGUUUUCUUAUGAUUUUGGAUAUGUAUUUGUUUGAAUGUACUAAAACAAGUUUUAAUGGUGUUAGAGAUAGGAGUACCGGUGUAUGUAAAUGUUAGAAUUGCUUAGGUAAAAUGUUUCAGCUUAUAAAAAAUUGUGUCUCAACCGUCCCAAUCGCUUAAUUACACUAGUCGCUGCUGAACCGGUACAAACCAAAGUCGGUACUA